AUGGCUUCACGGCUGCAGCUCACGCGGAGUCGAGUGGUUCGAACACCAGCCCUAUCGUCGCAGCGACGCAUCUUCCACCCUUCCCAGAGAUUACGUCUUCUACCCCAGGUACAACCACUUCUCUCCCUUCCUAGUAACGCCAGUCACUUCCCAUCGGCUCUUUCAGUUCGCAGCUAUGCCAAUGGCCGACCACACCCACCUGGUGGCACACAUCGGAUGAACUUGGGAGGCGAACCGGAGAAGUCUGCCCUCGAACAAUAUGGCGUGGACUUAACGGCUAAGGCCAAGGCGGGAAAGCUGGAUCCAGUCAUUGGAAGAGAUUCUGAAAUCCAUCGUACCAUUCAGGUCUUAUCGAGGCGGACCAAAAAUAACCCUGUUCUAAUCGGCGCAGCGGGCACUGGCAAAACGGCGGUUCUGGAGGGCCUAGCUCAGAGAAUUGUGCAAGGGGAUGUUCCCGAAAGUAUCAAGGACAAGCGAGUCAUCUCCUUGGAUCUAGGCUCACUCAUCGCUGGUGCCAAGUUCAGAGGUGAUUUUGAAGAACGUCUCAAGUCUGUCCUCAAGGAGGUUGAAGACGCACAAGGUGGUGUGAUCCUUUUCAUCGACGAGCUCCAUACCCUACUUGGCCUUGGAAAAGCGGAAGGUAGUAUCGACGCUAGUAACCUCCUGAAACCAGCACUCUCUAGGGGGGAGCUGCAGUGCUGCGGUGCUACGACCUUGAAUGAAUACAGGCUUAUCGAAAAGGAUGUCGCCUUAGCGAGACGCUUCCAACCUAUCCUGGUCGGGGAGCCCUCGGUCGCCGCGACAGUAUCUAUUUUGCGUGGUAUUAAGAACAAAUAUGAGGUUCAUCACGGUGUUAGAAUCACGGAUGGCGCUCUGGUGGCUGCGGCAACCUAUAGUAACCGCUACAUCACCGACCGUUUCCUCCCUGACAAAGCGAUUGAUCUGGUGGACGAGGCAGCUUCGGCUCUGCGUUUGCAGCAGGAAUCCAAGCCUGAUGUGAUUAGGGAAUUGGACCGUGACAUCACCACCAUCCAAAUCGAACUUGAAUCCCUCCGCAAGGAAACUGAUGUGAGCAGCCGGGAGAGACGGGAGAAACUACAGGAAGAUCUCAAAGCCAAACAGGACGAAGCGGCGAAGUUGACCGAAGUUUGGAACAAGGAGAAAGCCGAGAUCGAGUCGCUUAAGCGUACGAAGGAAGAACUGGAACGAGCCCGUUUUGAGCUUGAACAGGCACAGCGAGAAGGGAAUUUCGCCAAAGCUGGAGAGCUGAGAUACUCCACAAUCCCGGACCUUGAGGCUAAGUUGCCAAAGGAGGGCGAGGACCAAGGAUCAGGGCCUCAGGCGGCCCUUAUCCAUGAUUCAGUCACUGCUGACGACAUCGGAAACGUUGUCUCACGGACGACCGGCAUACCUGUCAAUAAACUCAUGGCCGGAGAGGUUGAGAAACUGAUCCGAAUGGAGGAUACGUUGCGGCGAUCUGUUCGCGGACAGGAUGAGGCCCUAUCUGCAGUUUCCAAUGCCGUCCGGAUGCAGAGAGCAGGUCUUAGUGGAGAGAACCGACCCUUGGCAUCAUUCAUGUUCCUCGGUCCCACGGGUGUUGGAAAAACGGAGUUGUGCAAGAAAAUGGCCGAGUUCUUGUUCUCUACCGAAACGGCUGUGGUGAGAUUUGACAUGAGUGAAUUCCAAGAAAAGCACACGAUCAGUCGUUUGAUCGGUUCCCCCGCUGGAUAUGUGGGAUACGAUGAUGCAGGGCAGCUCACUGAAGCUGUGAGACGGAAACCCUACGCUGUUCUGUUGUUUGAUGAAUUUGAGAAGGCUCAUCGCGACAUCUCUGCUCUACUACUGCAGGUCUUGGAUGAGGGUUUUCUUACGGAUUCACAGGGCCAUAAAGUUGAUUUCAGGAACACCCUCAUUGUCCUGACUUCCAACCUCGGUGCCGAUAUUCUUGUGGCCGCCGAGCCACUGCAUUCAAACAAGGAUUCCGAAGAUGAGCUCUCCCCCGGAAUCAAAAAGGCCGUCAUGGAUGUUGUGCAAACCUCAUAUCCGCCCGAGUUCCUGAACCGAAUUGAUGAGUUCAUCAUCUUCAAGAGAUUGUCUCGGGAUGCUCUGAGGGAUAUUGUUGACAUCAGAAUUAAGGAGCUCCAGUCGAGGCUAGAUGAUCGACGAAUGGUGCUACAAGUCGAUAACGAGAUUAAGGACUGGCUGUGCGAGAAAGGUUAUGACCCCAAGUACGGUGCUCGGCCCCUCAACCGUUUGAUCUCCAAGGAAAUCGGCAAUAGACUUGCCGACAGAAUCAUUCGUGGUGAAAUCAGCGCUGGGCAGACGGCUCAUAUUUCAUUCAACGCCGAUAAGACAGGACUUGAAAUCAAACCAGUAGCAGCGAAUUCAUCCGAUACUGCAGAUGCUCAAGCGAACGAAAAGCCAUGA